AUGUCGAUUGUUGCAGCCACCAGACAAUCUUCCUCACGUAUGGGCUACGCUCUUGCUGGGCUUGCUGGUGCUGGAGCUUCAAUUUAUGCCUACCAAGAAUACCGCAGAAGAACCCCUGGACCAAGUCCUUUAAUGGCAGCUUCAGGAGUGGUGAACAAUGCUUAUGUUCCCAAGGGAGUUGGCUUUGAAGACUACCAAAAAGUUUACAAUGAUAUUGCUGCCAAGGUUCACGAGCAAGAAGAUGCCGAUGGAGGCAUUGGUCGUUAUGGUUUGCUCUGUAGACUUGGCUGGCACACCAGUGGUACCUACGACAAGAAUGACAAUACAGGAGGGUCGUAUGCUGGUACUAUGAUCUACAGUCCUGAGUCAAUUGACGGCGCCAAUGCCGGUAUGGAGGUUGCAAGGGACUUUUUGUACGAGUUCAAAGACAAGUACCCAUUUCUCUCUCGUGGAGAUUUGUGGACUUUGGGAGGUGUGGUUGCUGUCCAGGAGUCUGGGGGACCCAAGAUUCCUUGGAGACCAGGACGUAAGGAUAUUCCUGAGAGAAGCCGGGUGCCAGAAGCUGGAAGAUUGCCAGAUGCUUCAAAAGAUGGUGAAUACGUCAAGAACUUGUUUGCGAGAUUGGGCAUGGACGAGCGGGAGACAGUGGCCUUGAUUGGUGCCCAUGUUUUGGGUCAAUGCCAUUCUUACUAUUCUGGUUACUCUGGUCCAUGGGGUCCUUCGUACAACAUGUUCACCAACGACUUUUUCGUGCGCUUGUUAGGCAAGUGGCACGUCAAAAAGUGGGAUGGCCCCAAGCAGUAUGAAGAUGACGAGACCAACUCGUUCAUGAUGUUGCCAACUGACAUUGCUUUGAAAGAAGAAUCUUAUUUCGUCAAGUAUGUCAAGAUGUACGCUGAAGACCAGGACUUGUUUUUCAAGGACUUUUCUAAGGCAUAUUCCAAGUUGAUGGAGCUCGGAGUAACGUUCCCAAAGGACCAGAAACAAUGGGAGUUCAAGACAUUGGACGAACAAGACGACGAGGAAUAG